CGAUCCAAAACAUUAACAGACGUUACAAGCAGUAUGGCAGCUCCCAUGAGCAGUGUGGGUAAACCCUCGGCUGAACGUUUACCGUUCAAUACUACGAGUUUUCAGAAGAAAACAAGAAGCAAGUUAAUCUCCAUACCUGGCACCAGACCUUCGGUUCAAAAUGGACAACUCUUAGUUUCGACCGGUGUCACGUCACUCGACUAUCUGCUCGGUGGUGGGUUAGCAGUUGGAACAGUACUUCUCAUAGAGGAGGACCGAUAUGAUAGCUACUCUCGUAUGAUCUUAAAGUACUUCCUGGCAGAAGGAGUGGUGUGUCGACAUGAACUUUUCGUGGCGGCGGCUCAAGAUAACCCAGAUGACAUCUUUCAGGAACUCCCAGCUCCCAUCUUGGACGAUGUUGCUAUCCACAAACCAGUGGAGCAGCCCAAGCUGUCUUGUGAACCACAGGACAGCUUGGAUGCUAUGAAGAUUGCCUGGCGCUAUCAGAAUCUUCCAAAAGUACAGAGUGCCCUGGCAUCCUCAUCCCGGUUCGGGCACUACUAUGACGUCUCCAAGACGAUGGAGCCAGAAAUUCGCCAGGCAGCCAAGUGCCACCGCUUCUACCUCCCAGAACAUCCCACCCAGUCAUCACCCACACACAGUACCAUUCUUGAGUCCUACGCUGCAUUGCUGAAGUCACUUCAAGACGUGAUACACAGGGAGGGCUUUGAUGUAGCAGCCCCCAUGUCAAAGUCACGUAACAUCCUGCGAAUUGGGCUUCACUCUCUUGGCUCGGCUGUGUGGGGUGAUGACCUGUGUUGCCAUGACAACCCUAGAAACAGCCACACCCUUACUACCUUCCUCUAUGGACUGCGUGCUUUGCUAAGGUCAUCGCUGUCAGUUGCAGUGGUUACUGUGCCUUCACAUCUCAUCCAGGACAGAGCUCUAAUGGGCAGCAUAACCAGGCUAUGUGACAAUGCCAUAGCCCUGGAAUCAUUCAAAGGCUCUGAGAGAGAGACCAACCCACUCUACAAAGAUUACCAUGGCCUGCUACAUGUACGCCAGGUACCUCACCUGAACUGUCUAGCGAGUAAACUCCCUGACCACAAGGACCUGGCCUUUAAGCUCAAGAGAAAACAGUUCACUAUUGAGAGACUGCAUUUGCCUCCAGACUUGUCUGAGACGGUGAGUCGUGUGAGCAGGGGGGAGCUGGCAGGAGUGGCCACGAUGGCUUCAGCCUGUGGCUCCGGCACUUCCGGCAACAAACACCUGGACUUCUAGAGCUCCCACACAGUUGCCACAGGCAACCAACACCUGGAACGCCGUAGUGUUGUCUCUGUUUACCGUGGUGACCAGGUUGUUCCCUCGCCCACAUAAUGUCAACCACGAUAACCCUGCCAGCCAUUACCACCUGCCAACUGUCCCAGCCAGUGGUGAAGAUCUAAACAUCCACAGUACCUCGUCUCAUAACGGACACAUUUCAUUAUAUAAGUCCUUUUUUAAAUAAACCUACAGUACCAUCUAUGUGUUAUUUCUUACUCUGACGGCUGAUAUUUGCACAUUCCAAGCGUCAUGAGAAGUUCAUUUAACUUAUGGCCAAGUUUUUAUACCCACAGUUUGGGUGAAUUUUUUUCCCACUGUAAGUUGCUAAAAUGUGAGCCCUGUGGUAUUUCAAAAUGUUAUAUGAAGGUAUAUGAUUGGCAGGGUGACUAGUACUUGACCCAAUUAAAAUACAAGAUGGAGGAAUUAUUUAAGAUUUGGUACAUUUUGUUUGUUUUUUUGUUUUCCUCUGCCUCUGGGGAUUUUGAUUACAAGUAAAGUGUAAUCAUGAAAUGUUGUUUAGUCUUGGCAAACAUUAAAUAAUUUAACUGUGUUCUCCCAACCUCUGGGCUUCUGCCUAGCUCCACUGUGUACAAUAAUAGUUUAUUUUCUUGGAUAAUGCAAUGAAAUGUGCUUUUGUUUAGUUAAAUAAAAGAAAAUUUGGGGGGCAUUUUGCUUUAUUUUUGACAGUACAGUAGAGGGAGACAGGAAAGGCAGGGGGGAGAGAAAGUGAAACAAUAAGGGAAAGUUGACUACCUGUGAGACUGCGAGAGGAUGUAAAGUAAGCAUGUUAUGAAUGACUGAUCUCUGAUCUGCCUCACUGGUUUCAGGUUUGAAUAGGGAUGCCUCCAUCUGACCCUAAGACUGUGCCACUGAGUGACGUCAACCUCCAGUAAGCUGGAGAGCUGAGCAGGAAUGUGGGCAGAGGGUAGGAGAGCUGGAUUUUGGGUGCAGGCUUCACACCUCAUCAGGCAUGUUUGCUGGAUGAGCUGCUUUGCCAUGACAAGCCCAAAAGAACAAAUUAGGUCAAAUGGUGACAUGGAGAAACAGAGAAAAAACAACAUGAAAAAUUAAAUGUUUCAUUUUUGUUUUCCUCUGUCUGCUGCUGAUGCCACUUUGAAUAUUUUUGCCUGUGAAAACUGGCAGUAUUGGUAACACGUGUUGGGAGAGGGUAGUGUUACCUGACAGUUUCAUGCAUGAAUGGAGUGCUCUUACAUGGGGUGUAUGAGAGAGAGAGAUGACAUACACAGGUCACUUACACAGGUGAACGAAAGCUUGUGUUGUCAAGAUAAAAACUGUUUUCCAAGUUAUUGUUGUCGAAGAGCUGACGUAUUCAGGGUACACUUUUAAGGUUGAUUAAAAUAGAAGAAAUUCAUUUUGGCAUUUGUUUAUGUUGCCAUGCUACUGGUAUGUCUGUUUUCUACACUUUCCAUGUCACCAUGGUGCUGAUUCACUUUUUGUUCAGGAAGUGGAUAAUUUUUUAAGUUUUAAAACCACCAACAAAGUUUUAUAAUGUCAGUUUCUUCUAUGCACAUUACGAGUGCAUAGAGUACAUUUAGAAUUUAGUGAACUGAUGCUAGUCUCAGUGCUCACAUUCAACCAAGGGUCGUCUUUAUGCACAUUCUAUUUACAUAUAUUAAACAUGUAGCUGUGCAAAUUUUAAAAAAAUAAACAUUUAAAAUAUGACUUCUUAUAAAUGAUUGACAGUGGAUUUGUCAGUGUUCUGCCCUCAGAUAAAGUUAGUUGUACAUGGUUAGACAGUGAUGAGAGUUAUGAUUAGCCACACAUUCUUCUGUAAUGAGUAUGAAUAAGUAAUUCAGGGUACCAGGAAAUCUCAAUUAAUUUAAGCCUUUGAACACAAUAACAAUAACUGGAUCUUCACAAUCAGGUCGAGAAUGCGGUAUUCUCCCCUGUUCAGUGGGCUUUUUAAAACAAAUGAUCACAUGUGGCUCCAUAGAUGUUUUUAUCCCCCUCACCUCACCCAAAGUAGGAACAUCACUGUUCUUAGGACAACCCAGACAUAAUAAUGUUUUGUUUUGGAGUUCUUUGUCAGCUUCCUUCUUAAUGUUUCUUUUUUAUUGCUCACAUUUCAGUAAUGGUUUAUAACAUGUUAUUGUGUUAUGUGUUUUAUAACAUAUCAUAAAGUAGUUAAACCUGGAGAAAAAUAUAUGUCAGUAUUACAUAUAAAGCAUUUUCUUUUUUUGUUAAAUAAUUUAUUUAUCUUAAUGAAAUCUGCAACAGUAACACAUAAGAUGAACACUCACAACAACUGUGCUGUUGGCAUAUUUCAGAGGACCUACUUCUUGAAAGCCUCACUUAGCCUUUAGCAAAAAAGAAAGCCAUGGGACUGAGUGUAGAGAAUAUGCUUUUAUAAUCGUGUCUUGGCAGCUGCUGCUCAUGUCCUAUUGAUUCCCAACCAAAGCCAUAGAUGUUUUCCUUCAGUAGCUUUAGCUGAGGUCUUACGGGUGCUAUUAUUGAAUGGCCGUCACAUCGCAGCACUAUUCAGGUAACACAAUUUAGGACAAUACAUUUUUACCUCAUUGGAUAUCUCUGCCAAUUAUGGUUUAAUAAAGCAGACCUGUCUUCAGACAUGUUGUGUUACAGUUUAGAUAAUGAUGUUACCAUAUCUGUCAAAUGCACAAAGCUAGACUAUUAUUGUAUUUACAAUGAUGAGGGAAAUGUAACUUCAUGUUUUCUUAAAGCACACACUCACAGACACAGCACAGAAUUUAACUGCAGAUACUAAAUAGGAGAGUGUCAGCUUCUGUUCGCUGCCAUGGAAAUUCAGAUUCAGAUUUCCAGGUCAGAAUUGUUGUGUCUCAUUAAAAAACAGAUCAAAGACUACAAAGUUCUCAGGAACUUGUACAGAAACUUAUAUUGCCUGACUUUGUUCCGAGCAAGAAUUACAUAUAAACCUUUUUAUCCUGAA